AGGACAAUCAAAAAGAGGGCAGAAAAGCACAGUACUUCUGGGUAGAGUAAGAGUCUUUCUGUCGAGGAGGUUUGAUGUUCACUUGAUGUAGAAGCAAACAGUUUCGAUUGCAGCUCUAGUGCACUGUUGUUCACAACAGGCUUAGAGGUUCUCAUAUCAAGAAAGGAUCAUAUCAAACGAAUUGAGGAUACAUACGUCGUCAACAUCAAGUGGUGGUCCUCGUGUGUUCGUGCUGUCUACGUGCUGUCACCUGAAAAAUAAGGCUGCUGCAGCACUCUUGAACACCAGCUCUGCACUUGAGCCACAGCCACUUCGAAUUCGGCCAAGAUGGGCAAGAACAAGAAGAAGUCGCAAGCGCACAAGGACCACCAGAGCAGUCCGACCACCUCUACAACCGGUGAAGAACCCACCCCAGCAUCCGGAGCAAAGGAAGCUCCAGUGGCGCCUGUGAUCUCCGUGCAAGCACCACCAGCUUCUCCUGAGAUUAUGAUCACUAGCUACUUGAAAUGAUCAUGAUAAGUGCUUGAACGGGAUAGUCAAAUUGUGUAUUGAGUUAUUUUUUGGGUUUUUGACAUAAGACUGAUUAAAUUCCGACGCUGUUCAGAUUUUUAACACUCGUGCUGCAUCCCAUCGGUGCCCAACGAAAUUACAGUUUCAAUUGCUAAUUUAUUGGACCACCUCUACCUACAGAAGCACUUCCACUUCUAACACCCAACGAUCCUCGUCUAUCGUUGAUCAUACCUUGGAAUGGCAAGGAGCGGGUCAAAAAGUAGGUCUCCAAGCAUGGCGAAUCGAGAGCAUGAAAGCAGUCCCAUGGACACAAUUGGGUCAAUUCUACUCGGGUGACAGCUACCUGAUCCUAAGCACGAUCGCGGUAGGGAAGAAGUAGUUUUUAAUCACCUUAUUUUUGACGCGUUUAAUGCAGUUUGUUGACCCGGUCUUUAAUCGAAGAUGCAUUUUGAAGAUGUAGUUUGAUGUAGUGUGGAUAAUAGUAUAGGAGCAAAAGCAGAUGAAAUUGAAAAGGAAAAGCAAAUAGAGCCCGUCGCGUGUUCGUGAUUCUAUCUUAAGAACACUGUAUUACUGCUCGUUCACAGAUACGACCUCUUCUACUGGCUUGGCAAAGAAAGCACUGUGGAUGAGAAGGGAGCGGCGGCUCUGAAAACAGUGGAACUGGACACGCACCUUGGUGACGUGCCUGUACAAUACCGAGAGUGCGAAGGACAUGAGUCCGGACCCUUUCUGUCACUAUGGAAACCGUAUGGUGGGAUCCGUUAUUUGUCGGGCGGCGUGGCUAGUUCUUUUACGCACGUGGAGCCAGAAAACUACGUCACGAAGCUGCUGCACGUACACCUUGAACUGGUUGUAGAAGAUGGAAUGAUCAUAACAGGAUCUUGUUAAGAGUUUUCCCUUUUUCUUAGAGGUGUGCUGCAAAUCUAGAUAGCCUUCUUCUUCAUUUUUUAUAUGGUUGGGGCUUAGGUCCAGCGGUGCUCGAAGCACUAAGUAAAGCAACCGGCUAGUGUUCACCUCUAUACUCUAGGUCUCUCCCUUCAAGCAAUUACUUGCUUUAGAAGAAGAUGGAAGGUUCUUCCUACACUAGAAAGACUUACUACUUAUAUAUAGAAAUAUGAGCAUGAUCAAUUCGAAAAUACAGUUUUCUCCCACCUCCACUUUUAGGUAAAAGGCAAGCGGUUGUGUCGUGUUUCCGAAGUAGAGAAGAGCGUCAAAAGUAUGAACGAAGGCGACGCCUUCGUUUUGGAUGCGGGGUUGAAGCUUUUCGUUUGGAAGGGAAAGGACUGCAACAAAUACGAAGAACAGAAAUUAUGAACGAGAUAACGAGGACUUGUUCCGUAUGUUGUAUAUUUAAUAUAAAUGAGAUAUAUUAUUAUGAUGCAGAAGGUGUCAUGUAUAUGCUGCAGAAGCAGGUGUCAGUCCAAGUAAAGCUUGUGGUCCCACCAGGUGUGGAGGCUCAGCGGCGGCAUCCGAUCCUAUCCUAAGGUGUCAGUCCAAGGGCAAGCAGAAAGUAGUAUCAGAAGUCUUUUUGUUGAUGAGAUAUACGGAUGGGCACUACAGGUCUUUUUCUUACUGCUGUACCAUUUCACUUAGAAGGUCUGUUUAUUUCUGCUUACCGUCAUCACACGAAAGUCUUUCUGUUCGCGGUUGUACCUCGCUCUUACUAUCGUUCUUUCCUUCUCCCUUUCUAACGAAAGCUUGUGAAGUAGCGCGCGCUAUCCGCACAGAGCGAGGAAGCAAGCCAGAAGUGUUUCUGUUUGACGCUAUAGAGGAUGACGUCAAGGAAACUUUCUGGAAAGAGCUCGGUGGGGGGACCGCUGCGGAUGUGGCGAGCGCAAGUGCAGGUGGUAUUAAGGCUUGGGAUAGAUUGACGUACAGCGGAAGAAAGUGUAUCAAAAGGUAAUAAUGUGAGCAAUGAUCCCAACAUCUUUCUAAUAGCAGCGAUGAGAUGCACGAGCAAGUGGCAUCGGAGAAAAUCAAGUUGUAUAGCGUGUCUGCAGACCUCUCUUUAUCCGCAGUCUCUGGAGCUAGUGUGCCCUUUGAUCGAGAUGCUUUGAAAGACGAUGGAGUUUUUGUCCUGGACUCCGGAGCAGCGCAACCGGGUCUAUUCGUUCGGCUUGGGAAAAGUGCACCUUCUGAUUUGAAAAAACAAGCAGUUGGCGGAGUGACGAAGUGGUUAGCAGCAGAAGGACGACCAGAAUACACGGGCAUUGCGAGAGUGUUGUUUUGUUAUUGGUUGCUAUUAACUCAGAUGGUGUCACGAAGUAGGAAACUACAACAUGCUUCUGUAGCUGCUGACUAUACUUCUGAGUAGUUAGUAGUUUAGCAUCGACGACGCGACAGAUUAUUAUGGUCCUCCUCCAUCCACCAUUAAAAUUGAUUUUCUUUUUCUUGCGCCCACCCAGAUGGACGCCGGCACAGAAAGCGCAUUGUUCAAGACGUAUUUCAAGCAAUUCGACCCCGUUCGUAUGCCUUCGGUAACCUUGGAAGUGGAGUCGUCAGGCGUAGCCAAAACCAGAGGAAGCGAAGUCUCUGUUGCUGACAUGCAUAGCGGAAGACAAGCUUUUACGAAGAAGAUGCAUAUACGCAUGAUAGAAAUGGAAAUUGAAUGUCAAUCAAGAUCGUUUGGAUAACGGUCAAAGAGAGGUUCCAUGACAUGACAUAGAAUGUACUAUUAUAAGCUGUUGAUGGCCUGUUCUUGUUCAGGAGCUAGACCAAUAGACACCUUGGCUGAGUACAAAUAUAGACUAUCCUCGUCCCAAGUAAACACAAUAUUUCUUUUUGUAUCCUUCUAACCCCUCCUCUUCGAGAGGUAGUACUCUUUCGACUCGGGAUGCGGCACGAGAGGCAGUCAAGAUCUGGCGCAUUGAGAAUUUUGACACAGUAGAGGUAGCAGAGGACGCCUACGGACAAUUUUUUGCAGGGGAUUCAUACAUCGUCGAGUAUGUUUACAUUAUGACAGAGCAGGAUUUUGAGUCAGCUGAUGUAUUUGAUUUCGUCUUCUUAGAUGCAUUAUGGCCGCUGGAUUGCCAGGCAAUUUCACGUGGUCAGCACCUUAGCUACUUUUCUGAAAGACUCAAUAUUAACAUUUUGUUUUUGGCAGACCAGGUCACCUGCCUCGGUGUUGUCCGUCGACCUUACUCAGGUCGCCCACCAUCCUCGGAGUCGAGCUGGUGCCGGCGGAGCUCGACGUGCAGGAUCCACAACCUAACCUUCUACAUCCACAAAACCCUUCUAACCAGUGAGCCGAAAACGGUCGAAUUGAAGACGCGUUAUUGUACUUCUGGCAGGGUGAGGACAGUACCGCAGACGAAAAGGGCUCUAGCGCGAUUCUCUGUGCGAAGCUGGACCAAGAGCGCUUCGGAGGCGAAGCGACGCAAGUUAGGGUAGUCCAGGGGAAAGAACCGAGCGAUUUUAUCCGCAUUUUCCACGGAAAAAUGAUCAUUCAUAAGGGAGGAUGCGAUAGUGGUAUUGUUUUUCAGAAGGAGGUUGAAUACAAGAACUCCCUUCAUCUUUAUAUCUUUAUCAGAAAUACUUACUUCGAUAUUGGUUGAUAGAUGGCAUAUCAUCGAGAUUACUUCUUCUCAUUCAAAGCUGUGCCGGAAAUUCCCAAUCCCAUUGAUUCCGAAAUUGAUCUUCAAACUAAAACGACCAUCUGUUUGUCAAUGCUUGCUAUGUCAGCAUAGAUCCAUUCACUCCUUCUACUACCUAUUUGAAGGCAACGAACUUAGUGCUUCAUUGUAAUUCUUUUUCCUCCCUCUCCCACGACUCGUAGGUUUCGUUCGACGUUCUGUCCUUUCUGGUGAUGAAGAAUUUCUUUUUCUUCUCACUCCUAGGUUUCCGUUCUGUCCUUCCUGGUGGUGAAGAAGAGCAGGUUGACGCUGCUGCGUUUCCGAAAUUGUAUCACAUCCGAGGUGCGUCGACUGCGGAAUGCAAAGCAACGCAGGUCAAAUGCGAAGCAAAGAACCUGAAUUCUAAUGAUGUUCUAGCGCUAUUUGAAUCUCCGACAGUGGCGUUUAUCUGGCACGGAGCAGGCGCGUCGCCGGAAGAGCAGAAAUUGGUUAUGAUAGAUAUCAGAGCACUUUGAUACGCUUUUCCCAUGCGGAGAAAUACAAGGGGAAGAUCGACCAUUGCUCAUGUAAGUACCCUUUUGGUUUCGGUAAUCAAGCAAGUAAGUAGGUGCAAGGAAUUACGAGGAGGCUGCCGAGUUGUAACUGAGAAGUAAAAGAACAACUUCCUCGUCUUCUCCAAGAAAGAUGAAUACACACCUUUUUAUUCAAAGACACAAUCGUUCUCCAUUCUAAACUCUGCGACGAAUUGGUCCAGACGUGUGCAGAAGGUGCAAAAGUGGAUAUCGUCAAAGAAUCCAGCGAACCAGAGACUUUCUGGACUUUGCUUGGCGGCAAAACAGAGUAUGCGUCAGAUCCAGCGUUAGCCAAUCCUGAUUUCGAGCCACGGUUAUUUCAGGUCUCGAACGCAUCUGGCGCCUUACGGGUUGAAGAAAUCUUCGACUUUCAGCAGACAGAUUUGAUUGUUAAGGGAAGAGAGCUUUGUCGAUGUCGGCGUCUUCUUUGAAUAUUCUAGAAGGAAUAGAAAAUAUUUAUGAAUAUUAUAGAAAAAUUUCCUAGGUAGAUAGUUACCCUUUUCUCUUCUAUAUCUUCCUCUGGUCUGUCUUUUUUCUAGUUAGGUCGGCUCCACCACAAAUAUUAGAAAAAUUUCCUAGGUAGUAGUUUGGCUCCACCACAAAUACUAGAAAAUCUCCAGCAACUAAAAAGGAAAAGCAGUAUUCGCCAUUUAAAAAGUAUUAAAUCAAACGUAAUUCGAUCGGAAAUGGAAUUUCCAAAUUUCGAACCUAAAUUAAUCUUAGUGGAAUCUCUAAAACUCGAAGUGAAUUAAUGCGACGUUUCAUGCACCUACUAGAAGUAUUGUAAUUCGAUUUCGAACCGGUUCUAAGACCAACGAGGACGUGAUGCUUUUGGACACGUUUUCCGCUGUUUAUGUUUGGGUUGGUCCGUUAGCUCAUAAAGAGGAACGAGAAGAAGCACCGAAGAUUGCAGCAGAAUAUAUUACAUCCUCCCCAGACGGAAGAUCAGCGGACUCGACACCUGUUGUCCUAGUAAAACCUGAAAACGAACCAUUGCUGUUCACCUGCCACUUCGUAGGUUGGGAUGCGAGCAAGAAAAAGGGUAUAAAUGGGACUCUUUUUAUACAGACUAUUUGAUACACCAGAUACUGCAGAUCGAUGAAGAAUUUUCAGUAGUCGCGCUGCAGCUGGUGUACUUCUUCUUUUGCUGGUGUCUUCUACCACGUAAUACCAUCUGUCUCUUCUAGGUUUCGUCGAUCUCUACGCCGAGCGGAAAACUCGACGUAAUUCUGCAGCAGAGGCUGAAAAAGAAGCGGCUGAGAAAGCCUUGGAAGCAGAAGCAGCUGAAAGAGCUGAGAAGGUCCAGCAAAUGGAAGCGGAACGAGAAUCCGAAAAAAAGCGUGCGCAAGAGGCAGCAGAGGCAGAAAAAGACGAGGCGGAAAGAAAAACGUUCGUCGAGCUGCGGAGAACCAGUAAUGCGGUUAUGAUCAUCCACGGUUGAGUAGUUGUAGUUGAGGUCCUCUCGUAGACAUUACCAAUACGAAAGUCGUUCUCCUGUCGUCUUAUUCGUUAUUCCCACACGAACCACAGAUUUUGCUAAGCACGACAGUGACAAUCCGACUCACCAACCCGUCCUUCCGGUAAAUCCAAUUUCCUUCCUUCCUCCCGUUUCAUACCGAACAAAGUCGCUACUUCUGCAACGACUUCUGAUGGUGCUCCUGCCCCUUCCUCGGGUCAAGAAACUUCCACAUCGGCUAGUUCGAAGGAGAGCACCCAAAACCCGACUAUGCUGACCAGCGGUAGCCCAAAGAGCCCGGUUCCGAGACGUUCCAGCGUGAAAGGUAGAAGAAAUAGCGUCUCCUGUUGCUUUGGAAAUUCAUCUAGUACAGAGGAACUCGUAAGUAGUGAUCAUGAUGGGAACAUGAAAAAGCUACUAGAUGACGAGAAAGGAGGAGACGUAAUAGGUCCUGAGUCCGUGGCGCUUUCGCAAAAAACACUGGAUGAGACCACCACAGUUUUGUCGGCGAGGACAUCUACAACAACCUCACAGAAAAAGAAAGGUUUUUAAAGUUGUUGAUUACUCAAGUUAAUAUAUAAGUAGUACCGCUCCCGCAUGAUUGGUACUGGUCGUCGUGGGCGUUGACCGUAAUAGUCCACUAUUGAAUCUACUAGCGUAGUGCCGCUGUUCCUCUAAUUGUAUGUCAUUUCGAGUUCGAAGCAUCCUGUCCUAUAUAUAAUCCCCAAGUGGUCCAUUCCUGUUUUCCCUAAGUAAUCAAGAAUGAUUUUUGUCCCUUUUUUUCCUAUUCUUAACAGUGUACACUUCACCAGGCGCAAACGGACGGUGGUCGAUGGUCGAUACUGGAGGGUACCUCGGGUUUGGCAAUAUCAAUCGCACCUCGCAGACGAGUGCAACCGAUGAGAACAAGAAUAACUAUGGCUUUGUUUGAGUUUGAGAGUUGCACUAAGUCUUGACUUCAUGAACUACAGGCUUAGGAGUAUCUUCUCUAUCUUUUUGAGACAGUUGUUCAUUUUUCCGUCUACGUUCAUGCAUCGUGCGUGUUUGGAAUCGAGAAUAUGAAGAGACAGUUCAUUAUCAAGAUCUUUUUGAAAAUUUAAUAGAUCUUUUGAAAAGUUUGGAUUUUUUUAGAAAAUUUAGAUCAUUUAGAAAAUUUAAAGUUGCAACUUGCGUAAGUAGAGCUCUUCUGCCUCUUCUAAUCCUUUUCCGAGCCAACUUACGCGUGUCACAGAUCAACGAAGUACAGCCUGGUAGAACUACAGCAUGGCAAGCGACCAGACGACGUGGAUCCGACAAAGAAAGAAAUGUACCUAGAGUCGGCGGAGUUUCACAGUUAAGGCGUGUAGUAUGAGUAGCAAUCGUAUAUUCUCGACGAGAGUACGGACAGUCCAGAGAAUUGUCAGUAGAUUCCAGAGAAUUUCUCGUAGAAGCUCCCUCAUAACGCUGUUGUUUUAUUCCUCUUGGUUUUUUCCUCUACAGGUCCUUCGAUGACCUCUAACACCGCGUUUUCGGAAUUCCAGUCGACGACUACGAGAAGAUGCCGGGAUGGCGAAAAACGCAGAAGAAGAAAGAAAAAGGACUCUUUUAGAUAUGUGUACUUCAACUUCUUUGUUUUAUUCUCUUUGAUGUUACCAGAAGAAGAUCCUUUUGGUGUUACUAGUGAACAAGAAGAUUCUCCAUCGUUACAUUUUGCUUGGCGAUUGCGUUUGUGAUCCACCCUUGUCUGUUUUUAGAUUAUGUUCGUUGUGAUGAUGUGCAACGAGAAACAUGAAAAUGUCGCGGCUCGUGACUUACGAUGAGGGCUGUAAGCGUGGUGACGAGUUUAGUUUUUUUCACCAUGAUAGCAAAUUAUGUCAUCGCAAGUACAUAAGAAUCUCAGAGCACUACUGGCUGGAUGACACUGACAACUAUAUUGUAUUUGGAUUUUUUAGAAAAAGGGAGGUUAUGAUCUGUUGAUGACUUUGCUGUGUCUUCGUAUUUUGGACAUGGAGGAAUUAGAAAUCUUUAGAUAUUUUAGAAGACAAUCAACAAGUUGUGAAGCAAACAAGUAUCAAUCUCGAGAUGGUGAACUGAGAAGCAGCGAAC